AGGACGCUCCGUUCCCGGCGAGCAAUCCGCAAUCCGUUCCUGGUUUUGCUCCUCCGCUCAGCGCAGCGUAGAUACCUUCCCUGACUCUCAGCACUCCAGCAUUGCUGUGCAAGCAGAUGUUCUUUCUCCGAUGCCAAUACAAUUUUCGCAUUUGGAGAAGGUACUCUUUCGCGCGAAGGCUGCACAAAGUGGCAAGAAACAGGCAGAAACUGCCUCCGCUGCUCGGCUCAGUCACACAGGGAGACUUGUGAAACGGAUAGCUGCUUUUGGAAACGGGCUACAGUUGUAAAAUUUAAAAAAAAAAAAAACAGCGGCGGCGGCGGAGAGCCAGGCAGCAGUUUAUUUACCACACCUGUGAUGCGUUGUUCUGAGCAACGAAGACGCACGACCUGGAUACUGAUGGCCAUGGUACGGCAGGAGGAUAUGUGCUGAGGAAGAGACUUGGGCGUUGUGAAUAAGUGCUACAGAGGACACUCUCCGGACCUUAUAAAGCCCAGUGUGCCAGUGUUUUGUCUCGGCUCUCUGCCUUUUCAAACUUAAGUGAUAAAAACCAUGAAGAUGCCCUCACUUCUGGGGCCCUUUGUCCGCUGCAGGUUCAGCGCUACGCUCCUCGUGCUCUGGCUCGCGUUUGCUGGCUUCACCUGCACCGCUGGUUCCGAGCACACCGCCACAGCGACCCUUCCUGCCGCCUUCUCGGACCUGUUACCUCACUUCCUCGUGGAGCCCGAGGACGAGUACAUCGUGAAGAACAAGCCGGUGACUCUGACCUGCCGCUCCACACCGGCCACGCAGAUCUACUUCAAGUGCAACGGCGAGUGGGUUCACCAAGACGAUCACCUGAUCGAGCGGACCGUUGAUCCAGCUACAGCGCUGCCAGUCAUGCAGGUGACAAUUGACAUCACCAGACAGCAGGUGGAGAAGAUCUUUGGUCUCGAUGAGUACUGGUGUCAGUGCGUCGCCUGGAGCACCACGGGAACCCAGAAGAGCCAGAAAGCUUACAUCAGGAUUGCAUACCUGAGAAAGAACUUUGAGGAGGAGCCGCAGGGUAAAGAGGUGGCAUUGGACCAGGAGGUGUUACUGCGUUGCCAUCCCCCGGAGGGAGUGCCACAAGCCGAGGUGGAGUGGCAGAGAAAUGAGGAUGUGAUCGACCCAGCAAGUGACCCCAAUUUUUUCAUCACGACUGACCAUAAUCUCGUCAUCAAAAAAGCCCGGCUGGCGGACACAGGCAACUACACGUGCGUGGCCAAAAACAUUGUUGCUCGCCGCAAAAGCACCUCUGCCACGGUCCUAGUCUAUGUCAACGGCGGCUGGUCCACGUGGACCACCUGGUCGUCCUGCAGUGCCGUGUGUGGGCGUGGCUGGCAGAAGAGGAGUCGGAGCUGCACCAACCCCACGCCACUGAAUGGAGGCACAUCCUGUGAGGGGCAGAACGUCCAGAAAAGUGCCUGUGUGGCCACCUGUCCAGUGGACGGAGGCUGGAGCGAGUGGAGCAAAUGGUCGGCGUGUGGAGCGGACUGUUCGAUGUGGAGGACCAGGGAGUGCACCCAGCCUUCGCCCGGCACUGGGGGCAAAGAGUGCCAGGGCCUCGACCUGCAGUCUCUCAACUGUACCAGCGAGCAAUGCCCACAGACGGUGAGCGGGGCCGAGGACGUGGCGCUCUACGUGGGCAUGGUGGCGGUGGCCCUGUGUCUGACUCUGCUGCUCAUCGUGGUGGUCCUGGUCUACCGGCGAAAGAAGGAGGGCCUGGACGCUGACGUGGCCGACUCCUCCAUCCUCACCACUGGCUUCCAGCCCAUGGGCAUCAAGCCCAGCAAGCCAGGUGUGUGGGCACCGCGGCCACGCAGGCCUCCCCCCCACAGCAAGAACUCCCAUUUGCUCACCAUCCAGCCUGAUCUAACCACCACCACCACCAGCUACCAGGGCACCUUGCGGUCUCGCCACGACGCCACCGGGAAGUUUUCGAUGACCAACGGGCCUCUGCUGGACCCGCUUCCCAACGGCUCGCACAGUCUGCACAACGGCAAGCUCAAUUCAGACCCCGCUGAGUUUGUGAGCAGGCUGUCCACUCAGACCUAUUUUAAAACUCUGCCCCGCGAUGUCGCCAACACCUCCUAUGGGACCUUUAACUUCCUUGGCGGGAGGCUGACGAUCCCCAGCACAGGAAUCAGUCUGCUCAUUCCUCCCGAGGCCAUCCCCAGAGGGAAGAUCUAUGAGAUUUAUCUCACUGUUCAGAGGAAGGAAGAUUUAAGGUUACCCCUGGCCGGCUGCCAGACCCUCCUCAGCCCCGUUGUGAGUUGUGGCCCUCCAGGGGUGGUCCUGAGCCGGCCGGUUAUCCUCAGCAUGGACCACUGCUUUGACGCAUGCCUUGAUAACUGGGCCGUCCGCCUCAAGAAGCAGAACUACGAGGGUGUUUGGGAGGACGUCCUCCUGAUGGGGGAGGAGCUGGUGUCGGAGCCUUAUUACUGCCAGCUCGAGGCCGAGACAUGCCGGCUGUUCUCGGAGCAGCUGGGCACCUUCGCCCUGGUUGGAGAGUCCCUGCACAUGGGCGCAGCCAAGCGCCUCCGGCUGGUGCUCUUCUCGGACGCGUACUGCUCCACGCUGGAGUACAACAUCAGGGUGUACUGCAUGGACGACACGCAGGAUGUCUUUAAGGAGGUGAUGCAAAUGGAGCGGCAGCUCGGGGGUCGCCUGAUUGACGAGCCCCACGUCCUGCUUUUCAAAGACAGCUACCACAACCUGCGCCUCUCCAUCCACGACAUGCCCCAGGCGCACUGGAGGAGCAAGCUGCUAGCCGGCUACCAGGAGAUCCCGUUCUACCAUAUCUGGAAUGGUUCCCAGCGGUACCUGCACUGCACGUUCACUCUGGAGCGGCUCAGCCUCAGCACCUGUGAGCUCACCUGCCAGCUGUGUGUGUGGCAGGUGGAGGGGGAGGGACAGAGCUUUAGCCUCGACUUUAACAUUGCCAAGGACACUCGGGCGGUGGACUCUGAGUUUCUGUUAAUGGACAGUAAUGCCACAGCUCUGGCAGGGCCCAGCGCCUUUCAGAUCCCGUACCUCAUCAGGCAGAAGAUCUGCAGCAGCCUGGAUGCUCCAUGUCCCAACGGAGCCGACUGGAGAAUGCUAGCACAAAGACUCAAACUGGAGAGACACAUGAGUUUCUUUGCAUCCAAAGCGAGCCCAACCUCUGUGAUCCUGGACCUGUGGGAGGCACAACAUUUCCACAGCGGCAACAUCAACCAGCUGGCCACGGUCAUGGCUGACAUUGGCAAACAGGAAGCCAUGAUAUUCCUGGUCUCUGAUGGCGAGUGCUAACCCAGAAAAGGGGGAGAGACUGGUGCAGAGGAAAAGUACAGAACACAACACACACAUUUAAAAAAACAACAAUAACCGCAGCAGGAAUCGAAGAUCAGAGCUGUCCCAGUGUCCCUCCUCUUCACUUUAGAAGAUGAAAAGGGUUUAUGUAGGAUUGAGUCCCUAUUUCCCAUCAAAGAGUAAAAAUCUUUAAAUGUCAGACCAAAUGAGAAAAUAAAAAAUAGAGUUUAAGUGUGUGGGGAAAUGUAUUCACAAGCUCAGUAGAGAAAAUACCCUUUAUUUUCUAUCAAAGAUUAAAUUGGUCCACACCCUGGUUCUACUGUAAGCAUAACAUGAAAUUAACUUCACGCCUUUAUUUCUUUUUUUUUUUAAAUAGGCCACUUAUGGCUAUUAAGGAGCAAUAUGCAAAUGAUUAUUACUACUGAUGGCCAAUAUUGCAAAUUCCGCAAGUGUUUUUUUGAACUUAGAUUCAAAAAUGAUGACACUUUAAAUACUGAAAUGAAGAAAGGUAACAAAAGGAGAUUUCAGGUUAAAGAGAACAGGCGACAUAUGCAAUUGGCAGGUUUGUUACACGACAUUAUCUCAACAACCCAGUGACACUGUACGUCAUACGUGUUAUCUGUUCACCUGGGCUUGUAGCACAUCCUGGACUUGCAGGUUUUAAAACAGAUUGUACGUCAGAGCCCCCCUCCCCUCCAAAAAAAAAAAAAGCUCGUCUCAUCUGGUUUGUGUGUUUUUUUCAGUCCAGCCGGUAUCAGUACUGUGAAUGUAACAUCUUGACAUCUUGAUUCAGUGAGACGCUUCACAGCUUUCCCCGCUUCUAAAUCGAUAUAUGUGAGGUUUUGGGCUCUCUGGAAAAAUUUUUUAAAGGGAGGAGUGAGUAAUAUCUUCACUAAAGUCAUAUUUCAGAAGCCAUUUCUAUUUAAAGCCUGUGAUUUUGAUCCAUCAGGUUUAUUUCGCGUCUUAUAUUACUCCAAUCGUUCAUUGUGGCGUUUUUUUCUGUUUUAGAUCCCACAGCUAAUGAAGGAGCCAUAGGGCCGAAAGGCGUUCCAGCUGCAUAUAUGUGAACACUGAAUGUCGUCGAAGCUCAUUUCUAAUAUGACAUUUUCCCCUUGAUUACAUUGAUUCUGUAGUACAGCAACAUCGCCCACAGGGUUUUUAUCCCCUAUAAAUAAUGUAGUGCACUUUCCCACUGAAAAUCUGACAACAAAUUCUUCAAAAUCUUCUUGAGAUUACUCAUGUUGAAAGGGUAAUUGUGCAGUUUUGUUUAUUAUUAUUCAUAAGGCAAUGUUGGUGGGAAUUCUGUAUUUGCUGUGUGGCAAACAGUAUUUCCACAUCAGAGAAAAACUCAGAUAAAGUCAAGAGUGGCUUAUUCAUAAUGUCUGCUCACAAAAGAUGCUUUGAGAGGAUUUCUUUUUUUUUUUUUUUUUUUUGUUGCUGCUGUUAUUUCAAGCCUGGAUGGCAAAAAUUCUGAAGUAGAUUCGUGCAAAAAUUCAUAACAACCACUCACCUGUUUAUUUUUCUUACAUAGCUCUACUUCAAAUCAGGCAACAUUUCCUUUAAGUCCAAUUCAGUUUGUAAAGGUGUGAGCAAUCCCAAACUAGCCAUAGUUCUCUCUGUGUCUGCCUCAGGGUUGCAUGUGAAGCUGUCUGUUCAGAGUUGUGAAGAAAGCCCCGUUCAUCGAACCCCGUCUCAUUUAAACAACUAGAAAUCCUUCAGUGGUUUCAACCUUUAAGAUUAAGUGGAGCCUCUUUUAUGAUUGUCAGAUAUUUGGAAUGUACGUUUGUUUCCUUGUAGUGGAGGAAAAGUGUCUUUUUUUUUUUGAUUGCUCGCUUCUUUUAAAGUAGUUUUUAUAUGGCAUCUAAGCACCUGUUGACUCCUCCCCUUAAACACGCCUCCCCUUGGCGACGCUCCUGUUGCUAUUUUAUAUAGAGAUGCCAUGAAAUAAAAUGUUUGUAGAAACCCUGGAGUCGAUCCCCUUUCAGAUAAAAUGGUGAUUCCACCUUAAAUGAAUCUUUUCAUGUUGAAACGGAUCAUCGCCACAUGUAAUAUGUAAAUACUUUUUCUAUACCAGCCGUGUGCUGUCACUUUGCAUACUGUAUAUCAGCAGAAUUGGUAACCAAAGUUUUCUGAAUUAUCAUUUGAGGCCACUACAUCCUCAUAUUGUACCCAUGAAAUAUUGUUUGGGCGCCGUUUUUACCUGCAGCUAGGAUAGAAUAAGUCAGAGUUGCUGUCUCUUCGAAACCGCGGACGUAAAAGUCCAGAUUAUUUUCUCUCAUUUCCUUGCAUUUGUCUUUGAGGCAAGUUAAAUGCUGUUUGUUUAAGCGGUAAUGUGUGUCAGUUUCUUUUAUCACUUUGUAAACAAAUGUAAAUUAUAUUUUAAUAUGAAGCCAAAAAAAAGACACUUAACUGGCGCAGCAUUUGUCAAGUCUAAACCGUGACGUGUUUGCCUAUAUACUGUUCUUUGGCGAUCUAGCAGUGAAGACUAUUUGCAGUGUUAAGGGUUUAGGGACUGUUUUACAGGAAGUUUCUAUACACAUAUUUUGUUCGUCCUUACUCUGCAUAAGUCUCCCUGAUUAUUUCUAUAACUGUAAGCAUUUAAAUACAAGCUGGAAACAGCCAGUGAUGCUUAGUGAAGGCUAUUUGGAGAAGGAGGAAAUCGGUUCUUGGACACUGACGAGCCAGUGUUGACACAGCAUGUUUAGAUGAGCCAUGACAGUUGUACAGUCAGACUAUGUGUGAAAUUUUGUCACCUCCGUCAUUGUCUUGGAUGUGUUGCCUAAGCACAUUUCAGUAAUGUAAUUCACCAGCCGCCAGGAUGUUCAGCAUCUAUCUUCACAUCUAACUCAUCCGACAAAAUCUAACAAAUCUGCAAUUACUGUGUGUGUGAUGAAUAACGGUUUCCUUCAUGGUAGAAUCUGGGCCUGAUAGUUCUGUGUAAGGCUUGUGUCAGUAACAUACAUGCUUUGUUCAAGGGUUUAAGCUCACCCAUGUGUUGUGGGGGAAAAAUGCUCCAUCUCUCAGCACUGUACUUUGUGUCACUCAUUACUAUUCAGUGUCAAGGAUGUGCGUGUAUUUGAGUGAGUGUUGGACUGGGUGUGUGCGUAUCUCCCCGUCACUCUGACUGAACUGUUUUCUUUUUGAACUAAGAACAAUAGACUUCUGUACUUGUGAAUGGUUUUUCUAUUUUGUUCCUUGAUUCAAUGUUUCUUGCCUUUCUGCAAGUCAAAAAUGCUGUAUUUAUUACAUACCACAGCGCUUAUGCAAUUGUAUAAUCCUUUUAUUGUUUUUUUUUUGUUGUUCUUGGUUUGUUUUUUAACCUUUUGUGUUCCUUAUCGUUAAUGUAAAUUGUUGUCAAAACUUUUGUGGCAAUGGAAAAACUUCUGCUAAGGGAGAUUUUCUGUACUUUUUGGACAAUGAUAUGGAUUUGUGGGUAGAAUUUUGGAAAUUCGUUUCUAAGUGCUUUCAAGUAUUUACUUGGCCUUAUGUAUAUAUAUCUAUCUAUGACAUUUCAGAAAGGUAUGUAUAGUAAUUCAAUCCGAAAUUGUUGUAAAUAAAUUAUAUAUUGUUAAAUGAA